AUGCCAUUUCGAAAACGUAGAAAAACCUAUCCAGCUAAAACUAAGCUGGUACAAGGCCUGAAGCCUGCCACCAGUUACCCAGAUCAAUCCAGCCCAAGGCUUGCGGCCACCUCAGACUCGACCUGCCAGGCCAGUCAGAGUAGCCUCAAGGACCAGGAGGUAAACAGCAGGAAGAGGCCCAGUCAGUACUGCCCACUGCCACAGCCUGCACUGGCCAAAGCCGUGCCGAAGCGCAAGAGGCAGUUCAGUUCCGCAACCUUCGCUUCCAACUACUCAGUUGGAGAGCUGCUGGGGUCUGGAGGGUUCGGAUCGGUCUAUGCAGGAAUAAGGAAGUCGGAUGGACAAGAGGUGGCCAUAAAGUACAUCCACAAGACUAAAGCAAAAAAACACAUUAUCAUGCAUGGUGGCAGGCGUCUUCCUCUAGAGGUCGCCCUGAUGACUAUGGUCUCUCAGCCGUCAUCAUGCGUUAAUGUCCUGAAGCUGCUGGACUGGUUUGAAGAGCCUCUUCAUUACAUUCUGGUCUUGGAGCGACCCAGUCCCUGUUCCGACCUCCUUGAUUUCAUCAGGAUUUUUGAUGGUCGGUUGUCAGAGAUUCAAGCCAGGCAGAUCAUGAGGCAGGUUGUUGAAGCCCUGAUUCACUGCCGCGAUUGUGGUGUUUUCCACCGCGACGUGAAAUCAGAAAACAUCCUGGUCAACCUCAUCGAUUGGACAGUGAAACUGAUAGACUUUGGCUGUGGGGAUCUCUACCAAUACAGCCCCUAUUAUCACUUUGCUGGCACCUACUGUCCACCCGAGUAUUUCCUGAAUGGGAGCUACGAGGCUUGCCAUGCCACCACAUGGUCUCUGGGAGUGCUACUCUCUGAACUGGUAUGUGGUGACUUGCCAUUUAACAGCAAAGGAGAGACCAUUCUUGACCAGCCAGGGUUUACUGCGGGUCUGUCCAAAGUUUUUGGAUCUCGCACCUAG